AUGUUCAAGAGGCCGCAGAAGUUCUACCCGGAAAGAUUCAUUGAGAACGAGAAGCUUCUCACUCAAAUCAUUCCGUUCGGCAUCGGAAAACGAUCGUGUGUGGGGGAGAACAUUGCAAGAUCCGAACUAUAUCUGGUAAGUCUUGUAUCGCUUUUAAACAUCCCAAGCAAUAUGACUUCAGCUUGUCGGCAAUCUGAUCCUUCGCUACGACGUCAAACCGCACGGGCCACUUCCCUCCACUGCCGAUCUUCUGCCCUACAGCAUCGGAAGAAUGCCGGACAAAUCUGUGAAACUGGAAUUCAUAAAACUGUCCCAUUUGUAG